AUGAAUAAUCCUAACAGUAAUAAUAACGACGAGAAUAAUUAAUUAGUUAUAAUAGAAGAAAAGGUCCUAAAGUAAAAUAGCGAAGCAAUAAUAAAAAAAUACAUGCGAGGCCGUUUUCUAGGAAAAGGUGGUUUUGCAAAAUGUUACGAAGCAACAAGUCUAGAAACAAAAAGAACAUGUGCCAUAAAGAUAAUACCCAAAUCAAUUUUAACAAAAAAUCGUGCUAAAUAAAAAUUGAUAUCUGAAAUAAAAAUACACAAGAGUUUAUCCCAUUAAAACGUUGUAAUUUUUGAACAUGUAUUCGAGGAUAAAGAUAAUGUGUAUAUUUUAUUAGAGUUAUGUAAUAAUAAUACUUUGAAUGAAUUAAUAAAAAAAAGGAAAAGACUUACUGAUAUAGAAGUUUAAUGUUUUAUUAAUUAAAUUAUAAACGGCUUGAAGUAUUUACAUUAGAAAAAAGUUAUACACAGAGAUUUGAAAUUAGGCAAUCUUUUUUUAUCAGAUAGACUUGAAAUUAAACUUGGAGAUUUCGGAUUAGCAGCUAAACUGGAAUUUGAUGGCGAAAAAAAGCAUACUAUAUGUGGAACACCGAAUUAUAUUGCUCCUGAAGUAUUGGAAGGUAAAACUGGUCAUUCUUAUGAAGUUGAUAUUUGGUCUUUAGGAGUUGUUAUUUAUACACUAUUAAUUGGAAAACCACCAUAUGAAACACCUGAUAUAAAAACUACAUACAAGAGAAUAAAAUAAAACUAAUAUACUUUUCCUGAUAAUAUUUAAAUAUCUGAAUCUGCAAAACAUCUAAUUACAUCUAUUUUAAAUUUAGAACCUUCCCGAAGGCCCAGUUUAGAUGAAAUAAUGGCUCAUCCAUUUAUGAAAGGUUAAAUUCCAAAAUAUUUACCUUUAGCAAUUUUAUAAUGUCCUCCUUCAUAGUCUUAUAUAAAAUAAUUUACACCUGAAAACUUUUAGUAGAAAAAUAUUGCUUUAAAAAAUAUGAUUUCUUCCCAAGGAUUAAUUCAAAGCUUGGCUUUUGGAAAAAACGAGAAUUCUAAAAAUACACUUGGGUAAACUUUUGUACCUCCUAAAACUUAAAGCUCAACUAAUAUUAAUUCCAAGAAUGCCUUGUUUAUAUAAAAUAAUAAUAAUAAUAAUUUGGAAUAAUAAUAAAAUAUAAGGGCUGUAGCAACUACUAAAAAUUGGUUUGGAUAUUUAAGUUAAAAGAAUAAUCCAUUUUAAAUGUAAAAAAGUUAAUAAAAGAAUUUCACAAGUACUCUAUUUAAAUAAUUUUCUUAAAAUUAAACCUCAAGUGAAAAAAAAAUUUUCAGAAAAUAAUCUACUCUUUCAACCUUGAACGAAUAAAAUUUACCUGCCUGGGUAGUUUAAUGGAUUGAUUAUUCAUAAAAAUAUGGCUUAGGGUAUAUUUUGUGUAAUGGAUGUAGCGGAGUAUACUUUAAUGAUGCUACAAAGAUGAUUUUUGAGCCAAGUAGUAAUAAAGUGGAAUAUGUUGAAAGGUAAAAUAAUUCUGAAUAAGAUGUCGUUGUUUCUUUUAGUCUAUAAGAAUUUCCGUAAGAUUUAAAAAAGAAAAUGACUCUUUUAUAACUUUUUAGAAAUUAUUUAAAAGAAUAAAAAAAUCGGAGGAAAUUAUUUAAAAGAAAUUUAAAAUUUACCUCAAUAAAAUAAUAAUAAUAAUAAUACUAAUAAUAUUUAUUCUACUAAUGGAAAUAAUAAUAAUGA